AAUAUGUGAAGUGGAGUGGUGCAAUCAUACACAAUGUAUCUAAGCAUAAUAUUGUACAUUAUCAUUUUCUGUUUGUUUGAUUUUUCAAGACUUGGGCCACGUAUCAUUUGCAUGGCUCAUACCUUUUUGCGGAUGGAAAUAGUGAAGAAUUGAUUUUGGACAGCCGCACUACACAUUGUAUAAAACGGACAGAGAUUGCUUCAACAUAGGCUCUGGAGGCGCCUAUAAGCAAGUUAGAGAUUAGAAACAAAACCAUGUGCUUUAGUUUAUGUUCCUAACGGUGAGAAAACGUAAUGAAAACAAUCAAAGUGUACGGGUUGUUGACUGCGUUAGGAAUGGUGGUUUUGUAUGUGGUGAAUCUGUCCGGUUUAGCUGUGAAAACUUACAGAAGCUUUCGAACCACCGUUUUAAACAGUUCUGUUGCGCUUGGUGGAAGACGUAUUGCAGAUGCUGUGACGUUACCACAAAGCAAUAAGACGGACGUGAAACACUUGGAUCCCUGCCCGAAGUAUCCGCCUGCUCUAAAGGGACUCAGAAAACUGAACAAUAAACCUUGCAUAAUGGAAGAGUGCAAACACGAAAAUUUCCAUCAUGAAAAUGUAUUAACUGAACCAUGUAACUUAGUACAAUGCAAUAAGUCUGCCUGUAUGGAAGUCAAUUGUUCUCAAACAGGAAACUCCACAGUCACUUACAUGAACGUUUUCGCAACGAAAAACACCUUUGGAGAGGUUUGUGACAGUCCGACAUUAAUACAGUUUCUUCCAGCUAUCGGUCAAUUUGGGGGUUUCUGGAAGCCGUCAAAUUGUGUUCCUCAACGUCGAAUCGCCAUUGUGAUACCGUUCAGGGACCGCCAUGAGCAUCUGUGCAUUCUUCUGAAGAAUCUUAUACCGGUGUUAAUAUCACAACUGACAGAAUUCAGAAUAUUUGUCAUUGAACAGAUCGGCGAGGUUAUUUUUAACAAAGGAAGAGUAAUGAACGCUGGGUUUUUGGAGGCUAUGAAGAUGUUUAGCUUUGAUUGUGCAAUAUUUCAUGACGUCGACCUUAUCCCGGAACACGAUGGGAAUCUUUAUGAUUGUGGAGAUCAACCACGCCAUCUGUCGGUGGCUAUUGAUAAAAUGAACUACAAACUUAUGUACUCGUUUUUGGUAGGUGGAGUGUUGGGAUUUAAGCCGGAGCUUUUCCGAUUGGUCAACGGAUACUCUAACGAGUUUUGGGGUUGGGGAGGCGAAGAUGACGACAUGGCUUUAAGAAUUAUACAUACUGGACUCAGAAUAACCCGACCUCCUGCUAGUGUGGCCCGGUAUAAAAUGUUAACUCACGAGAAGCGAAAGCCGUGGAACAAGAGAGUGGAGAUGCUACGCACAUCGAGACAGAGAAUGCAUAAAGAUGGCGUCCAGAACGUGCCUUACCGAGUUAUAUCUUCCCAGUUAUAUACAUACUACACGAAAAUACAGGUCGAUGUUGGAUCUCCUCCAUGACUGUAUUCAUAUGUAGUCCUUGACAAUCAGUGCACGUAUGCGAUUACUUGGAAGAAAAAUUGAUCUUGUGUGUUUGGAUUUUAGCGCCAAAUCCGGGAUUGGAUGCGUUCAGAUUUUGAUUAAAUGAAAUGAAGGCCACACAUACACCUCGUAACCAGUGUGGAAAUACUGUAGACAUCAGACCUGGAUUUCUCGAAAGAAUUUUACUCAAAUUCCGAAAGCUCAAAUAACUUAAAAACAGGGCGUCAAGUUUUCUAUAAAUUUCUAUAUUUGGGGGGUUUUCCUAUAAAUUCCUAUAUUUCCACAGAAAUCCCUAAAUUCCUUUGAAAUUCCUAUAUUUUAGGAUAUUAAGCAAGAAAUGUUGGAUUCUGAAGCAAAACCAGUACUAUAUAAUUAUUACAAACAAUUUGUGUCAUCUGUUUGUAACUAUACAACAUUUACAUCAAAAUUCACCUUUCUUUCAGGUGUGAAGACCCUGCCCAGCCCAGCUAUUUCAGCUUUACCUGCUGGGUUUGUUUUUCUUCCUUGUGGGAGGUCAAACAGUCCUGCAGAUGAAGCUGCCCCGUGUUUUAACAAGUGUUAUGUUUCAAUUUGAGUUUUAACAAGACUUGGUGUGAAAAUGCCUGAGGAUAAAACAAAGUUUCAGGAACACUGGUUAACUGAAGUAGAUUUAAAUGACAUUAUUUUAUUAAAACAAUGAAAGUUGUAA